GCCGAAGCUCGCCUCGCUCAGUAGUCGCUGGGGUGGCACGCGCGCCGCACACCGAGCACGUCCUGUCCUCCUCGUCGCUGACGCGCGAGCUCGCCGCCCGCCCUCGUAGACCAGCAAGCAUGUCGUCGACGGCUACCUGGUGACACGGCGACGACCAGCUCAGCGGCCAUCCCCCCUUACACGUCGAUACCGGUUUUCGUCUACGCCAACAAGCCGCGGUUGACCCGGAUCCUGAUGCCCCUGGGCGCGGCGCGCAGCGAGGACGACCUGCUGGUGCCGCUGGCCGCGCAGCACCUGGGCCUGGCCAACCGACUGCGAUUCCAGUGCGUGUCAGGAGGGUGACGAUUUGUGACCAGGACGGUGGCGUCCAGCAUGGAGUGCAUGGCAUGAUAGACACGAUCGCGGACGUGCUGCGGCAGGCGUUCGGCCGUGCAGCCAUGAAGUCGCGCGAGGUGCUCAUGGAGCACGUCCUGGUGACCAUCCCGGCCACAAUCCCAGAGGUGCUCGACGUGCCCGCACUGCCGCGGGCCGCGUCCGCCGACAGCCUGCACCAGCACCACCACACGGCCUCGGAGGACGAGGAGCCCGGCGUCGCCACCGAGGAGGCCGAGGGAGCCGAGACGGACCUCGGCGACCUGGAGAGCGACGACUCCAACAAGCAGCCCCUGUCGCUGCCGGUCGUGGCCGCGGUCGCCGCGCUGCCGACCCUCCCCCGGGCGAACGCCGACAGCGCGCCGCCGUCCCUCCUGUCCGUGCAGCACGCCUCGGGUCGCGUCAAGCGGCUCGGUACCGCCUCGUGGACCGCCCAGGAACGCGCCAGCAGAAGGCCCAGGUCGGCAUGCAGCAGCAGCUCCUCGCUGACGGGGGUUGGGCAUCGUUUUUAA